GUAAGGUUAGCCGCCGCAGAGGGAAGAAAGUUGACAGAGACAGGAGCGAAUUAUUUUAAAACUGAGCGUUAAUGUAAGACGUCAAUGUAUGUGUUGUUAAGUUUGCUUCAAACUAAAAGCAAUGAAGUAUGUUUUCGUGUGUGACUCCAGGACAUACACCAGCAAAUGGGACGAGGCUAGUUGCCGGGUUGCCAACAGCUAAGCUAGAUCAGACUACUUCUUCCACCACUGCUGUCUAAUGAUGAUGGGCUGGAAGUCAUACUUUACCCUUUUCUUAAUAGCUACAUCAUUGCUUACAGAGCACAUCUGAGGUAACUGCUCUGUCUGCUGAAAUGUGGAUUAUCGACAGAGCGUUCGUCUUUGCUCUGGUAGCAGCAUCGAGCUUCACACCUGUGUAUGUUCUGGACUUCUGCCAAAACACUGAUGCUGACUGUCACAGACAUGAUGCAGCAUCAAACAACCAACCGUCACCACAAACUGUCAAAUCCAGGUGGAACAGGAAUGUUUCACACCUCUUACACGACCUGGACCAGUUUAAAGUGUCCUGCAGGAAGCUAAUAGAAUCAUUCCCACUAGAUGAGGUUGAUGGCAACUUUGUUCGCACGGUGAAGAACUGCCUGUUUUCCAAAUGCAUUCCAACCCCGCUGAAAGGCCCAUUAAGACUGGCAGCAGUUUCUAAGGAUGUCAUCGAGGAGAUCUUAGAUUUGGAUAUGGCUGUAACACAGUCAGAAGAUUUCCUUCGUUAUGUAAGUGGUGACAGACUUUUCCCAGGAUCUGAACCACUUGCUCACAGAUAUGGAGGUCAUCAGUUUGGCUACUGGGCAGGUCAGCUGGGUGACGGUCGAGCACAUUUCCUUGGUCAGUAUUCAAACAGGAAAGGGGAAAUAUGGGAACUGCAGCUUAAAGGCUCAGGGAAAACUCCAUAUUCAAGGUCCGGAGAUGGUCGAGCUGUAAUCCGCUCUUCUGUCAGGGAGUUCCUGUGCAGUGAGGCCAUGCACUUCCUGGGUGUUCCCACCAGCAGGGCUGCCAGUCUCACUGUGAGCGACGAGCCGGUGGUGAGGGAUCAGUUCUACAACGGAAAUGUGAAAACAGAGAGAGGAGCUGUUGUUCUCCGGCUGACCAAGUCGUGGUUUCGGAUUGGAUCUUUAGAAAUUUUGGCUCAGAGUGGAGAAACAGAUCUUCUCAGAAAGCUGCUGAACUUCAUGAUUGACCAACAUUUUUCUUACAUCAGUUUGAGUGACCCGGAAAAAUAUGUGGUGUUUUACUCCACAGUUGUAAAUGAAACGGCCCAUCUGAUCGCCCAAUGGAUGUCGGUUGGGUUCGCACAUGGAGUUUGCAACACAGACAACUUCAGUCUUCUUUCUAUCACCAUCGACUACGGACCGUUUGGCUUCAUGGAGUCGUAUGACCCCAAUUUUGUCCCGAACGCAUCUGAUGAUGAGGGCAGAUACAGCAUCGGAGCUCAGGCACAAGUCGGCCUGUUCAACCUGGAGAAGCUCUUGGCGGCUCUGAGGCCAGUUCUCACACAAAUCCAGCAGAAACGGGCUCAAAUCAUUUUAAAAGGAUAUGCUGAUCUUUACCAGAUGAGAAUUCACCAGUUAUUUAAAGCCAAACUGGGACUUCUUGGUGAAGACGAGAAUGACCGCUACCUUAUUGCCUUCCUACUUAAGAUGAUGGAGGACACUCAGUCAGACUUCACUAUGACCUUCAGGCAGCUCAGUGAAGUUUCAGCCGAGCAGCUCCUCAAUAUGAACUUCACACAGAUGUGGGCUCUUGAUGACCUGUUGUCACACUUGCUUUUCUCUGAUUGGCUCAACAUGUACCUGCUCCGACUCAGUAGACAACAGAAUGAUACUGAUUUGGAUCGUCAACAAAGGAUGAAAAACGUAAAUCCGAGAUAUGUGCUGAGGAACUGGAUGGCGGAGUCUGCAAUCAGGAAAGCUGAGAUGAACGAUUUCUCAGAGGUGGAGCUGCUGCACCAGAUCCUGUCCUCUCCCUUUGUUACACAAGAGACUGCAGAGGAGGCGGGCUAUGCAGCAAGACCUCCACGGUGGGCCGAGAGGUUAAAGGUCAGCUGUUCUUCAUGAGAGACACCUGGAUAUACAAAAACACUCAAAUGUAAUAAGACUGAGACUUCCCUGCUGCACGCUUUGAUACGUUCUGCCUUGUUUUAGUUGGUUCACAAGGUCAAAGUUGUGGCUGUUUUUUUUCCCCUGAAAGAGCAGCUACUGUGUGGAUCUGGUGACAAAUAGAAAAAUUAUGUCAGAAGAAUGAAGCUCUAACUGUGGCAGGUAUGUUGUGUUGUUUCUGCCCUGAUCAGCCACAGCUUUAAAACCACUGGCAGGGGAAGAGCGUUGCAGUGAGAAUGCAGUGUUCUACUUGUAAACCUGGACGCCUGGUGUUUUUGUGGAUGUUGUUUUGAUUCAUACCAUCUACCUAGACAUUGCUGCAGAUCAAGCACACCCCUAAAUGACAGCGACACUUCCAGACGGGGGUUCUAACGUUGUGGCUGACUGGUGUAGAUUUAGAUUUUAUCUCAUUUUUGGGCAGUUAUAUUGUUUAAUUAUGAAAUUUAUCACAGGAUGAGUAUAUUUCUGUUAUGUAGAUGUAAUACAAUCACCGUUUUCUUCA